AUGAAUUCAUCAUUUGAGGAUGCGUCAUUCAAGCUUUCAAUCAGAGGGAAACAAUUGGAAUUUCUUUCAGGUCAUGUACUUCUUAAUCAGUCAACUGUGUGCUACAAAGAGGAAAAACAUCGCAUGCUAAAAGAAUGGAAGAUUUUGGACAAUAAUUACAUCAAGGAUACCAAAAAUCAAAACUUCACCCAUCUCUUCACUUUCCAUAUUAUGCCAAUAAAAGCGAUGCGACAAAGUUUACAGAAUACUUGGGCAGGCUGUAAUGGAAAUGUGACAAAUCCAGGCUGUAGUAAAGAAGCAACAAUGUUGAAAUGUGACAAUAUAAGCAUUCGAUUUGACAAAGAACACUUCAGAAUUCUUGUUCCGGAAGCUCAAGUCGCAGAAAAUGGCACUUCAACAGAUGGGAGCAAAAAUUUGUCUGUUUCAACAACACAAAAUAUGGACACUACAAGUGAAUUACUAGACACUACAACUGCUAACGGUAUAAAGUUUACAAAGACGUCGCCCGCUACCGAGCCUUCAGGAAUGUCUACAACUACCAUUGUGUUUAUUAUUUCUGGCAUUGUAGUUUUGGUUUUUGUAAGCAUUCUUGUUGUUGUGUUUUGCACUUUGUCUCGACGAAAAAAAGAAGAAAACGGACAAAGUAAACAAGAAGAAAGUCAAUACAGUAAUCCACAUUCAACUCAAUCAACUACAAAUAUGUCUACAACAUCAGACUCCAAUGUUGACGUUGAAGUGCCACCUGUUGCUACCGCUGAAGAAGAAAGUGAAGAACGAACAGAAGAAAAACCAGACUUCAAUGAUGUCGACACUGUUGAAAAUACACAAAUCGAGCCGGGAGAACCUUCUAAUGCCAAAACUGGAGUUGUAGUCCCUGAUUCUUUUAUUGAUAUGGAAGGCAUUGGAGCUAAGCGCGACAACGAUUUUUCUGUAAAAUCUGACGUAACUGUUCCUGAUACUUUGAUUAGCACAAAUACUGUUCAUGAGGACCUCGUUGUUGCAGAAGAUCCGAUUAUUCAUAAUGCAAAAUCUGGCGUGGAAGUUCCUGAUAGCGUUAAUGAAGAUUAA